CGUAAGUUUAAAAGAGCGCUAGUUAGAUAGGUAUUUCGUCCUGUGUCUGUAGGUGGAAGUUUUGUAACACUCGCUUUCAAAAAUGGCUGAGAAACGUAAAACAAAAAUCACACCAACAAAAGGAAAGAAAUCAAAAACAGUAACUAUUGAUGAAGUAGAUGCUGCACCUGCAGCCGAUGUCUACAAGCAACCAUGGCGAGCAUUGGCUGGUUGGUUUCUUGGUCCACGUGCAGAAAAUCGCGAUCAAUUUACUCGCUUGACUAAACAAGCAAUUGACUGGUAUUCCGAUUGUCGAGAACAAUACUACCCCACAGAUCCAUGCUACAUCACUGAAGAUGUGAAAGCUUCUUCUGCGUAUCGGGCUGAAAUAAGAGACCUAGAGGAACAAAUGGAAACGAUGUUUCACGAAUUGUCAGAUAGUAUUCCGUUUUUCAGCACCAGAUAUCAGGGCCACAUGACUUGGGAAUGCACCCUGCCAUCAAUACUUGGAUAUUUUUCUGGUAUGUUAUGGAAUCAAAACAACGUAGAUUCUUCAGCAUCUCCAGUUACAACACUGUACGAGAUUAAAGUUGGUCAACAUUUGUGUCAACUUAUGAACUUUAAAUCUGAUAAAUCGAUAUCACCAUGGGCUCAUCUAACAGGAUGCGGCUCCGUUGCCAAUAUUGAAGCAAUGUGGGCUGCCCGAAACCUGAAAUUUCAUCCUAUUGCUGUACAAGCAGCAGUAACCUCGAUGGAAGCUGGCGAUUUAGGAAAGGGUGCUACUACUCCAGUGUAUGUACCCGAAUUGGACAAGUGUGUUCCACUAAAUCAAUGCACACAUUGGCAAUUACUUAAUCUUGACGUAGAAACCGUUUGCAACCUAACUGAAGCAGUAAGAAUUCAUGCCAAGUUGCCCGACAAUAGCUUGAUAGAUGAACAUUUAAAGAAAGAGUCGAUCGUCUCUAUUGGAUUAGCAGAUUUCAUGGCUAAGCAUGGUAUUAAAUCCCCAGUAAUGUGUUCACCUGGUACAAAUCACUACUCGUGGCCUAAAGGUGCCACCAUACUUGGCAUGGGAGAUAACAACGUUCUUCCUAUAAAUGUUGAUAAGAAUGCAAGGCAGGAUGUCUCUCAGUUGAGGGAAAAGUUGAAGAUGUGUUUACAAAUGAAAAAGCCAGUAAUCAUGGUAGUAGCAGUGAUUGGUUCUACUGAAGAAAGUGCUGUGGAUCCACUGGAAGAGAUUUAUAAUCUCCGAAACGAGUUCAGAGGAAAGGGUUUGAACUUCUCCAUUCACGCAGAUGCUGCUUGGGGAGGGUACUUGCUUACCAUGAUCCGAGAACCAACUGAAUCCAAACUUAACAGCCGUCAGAAACACGGAAUUGACUUCAUCCCGUCUAUCCCACUUUCUGACUAUGCAAAGCGCCAGUACUCAGCCAUCUGUAAAGCAGACACGGUGACAAUUGACCCUCACAAGGCAGGCUUUUGUCAGUAUCCUGCCGGAGCACUUGCUUACAGGAAUGGAACAAUGAAAGGGUUCAUCACGUUACAGGCUCCAGAAGUUUUUCACGGUGAAGAUGAUGUUUCCGUUGGUGUUUACGGUUUGGAAGGUUCGAAACCUGGUGCUGCUGCUGUUGGUGUUAUGCUCUCUCAUCGUGUUAUUGGUCUGGACAAACUUGGUUAUGGCAGAAUUUUAGGUCAAUGCCAAUUAGGAUCGAAACUAUUCUAUUGCAUGUGGAUGACAAUUGCCGAGGAAUAUGAUGAAUUUGUUUGCAUGAAUUUCAUCGAUUUGCCUGCAGAUCUUGGUGUGCCAGAGGACGAAGUCAAAGCUUUUAUUCGAGAGCGCAUUCUUGGUUCAAAUGGUGCAGACUUGGCGGAGGACGAGGAGGCUAUGAAGUUUCUCUCCAAUGUCGGACCUGAUGCAUUGAUUAACUCCUUUGUUGUAAAUCUAAAAGGCAAUACAAAAACUUCUGUGUGUAAUGAUCUUCAAAUGCUAAUGUUUAAUGAGUUAAAUGCCACUGUUGGUCAGUCCCCUAAACGCGUUCCAAUGUUUUUGACUACAUCUAUGCUGGAGCCAACGAAAUACGGUGCUUCCGUGGAUCAAUUAAAGGUUCGUCUGGGUUUACCAAUAACCGAAGAGAGUUUGGGAUUUCUACGAAACACUUGCAUGAAUCCUUUUCAAUGCACUCAAGCAUUUGUUACGGCUAUGGGAAAGAUGUUCAGAAAUGUGGUAUUAAAUUGCAUUGGAGGGCUAGACAAGAAAGGUGAUCCAAAAGAUCAUCACACGUUUGUCGUCUGUGGUCGCAUGAACAAGACUGGUAAAGUGUUUGUCGAAUACAUACCAUCUAUAUCAGAAAAACAGUCCCAGUAUCACGUUAUCACUACUUUGAAAACCUGCUCAGACGCAGAUCUUGCUAAAUUUAGAAGCGAGCAGAAGCAUCAACAAUCGACUUACUUCCUUCGCACAAAAGCACCAAUCACAAUUAUGAACAUGCUUCGAAAUUCAGAUAAGAUGCAAUUUCAGGUUUUCAAGGGUGCAGUUACGUCAGAAUGUCUUUUUGAAGUUGCCUUAAAAGUGGACGAAGUAUUUCGGUAUAACCAUUUGGAAAGCAUCAAAGCGUCCGAACAUAUACAGUAUCCAGAAGCUCAAACAUAUUUCUUGUAUGGCGACAAAAAACGUGCGUACAUUUCGCAUGUUAUUACCAAGCAUCCAGACUUCCAACAGGUUGUCCAGUUGGAUGAGAUCCCUCACAGUAUCACACCACACGUGCUCGAUCUCGGUCUAAUUAUCACGAUUCCUGAAAUUCAUGGCUACCCCUUGAUCAUCGACAAUAAGAUUAGCGAUCCCUUACAACGAGAAUCUUAUACAGUGCACUACAAAGGCAUCCAGUAUGCUGAUUGUAAAACCAAAAUUACUCUCAGCAAGAGAAAUUCCAAAAAAUGGUUUAAGGGAAAUUUGUAAAUCGUGUAUAUUAUGUAAGAAAUGAAUGGAUUGAAUGAAUGAAUAAAUAAAUUAAUGAAAUGAAAUAAUA